UCAGCGGAGAGAGGGGGCAGGCUGCGACUAUAGGCCUUUAAAAAACCCGCGUCCCACUUUCUGCUACACUUCAAACCGAAGAAGACUUAACCAUGGCAAGGACAAAGCAAACUGCUCGCAAAUCCACCGGCGGCAAAGCCCCAAGGAAGCAGCUCGCAACCAAGGCUGCCCGCAAAAGCGCCCCAGCCACCGGUGGCGUGAAGAAGCCCCAUCGUUACAGGCCCGGUACUGUAGCUCUGAGAGAAAUCCGUCGUUACCAGAAGUCCACUGAGCUGCUGAUCCGCAAGCUGCCCUUCCAGCGUCUGGUCAGAGAGAUAGCUCAGGACUUCAAGACCGAUCUGCGCUUCCAGAGCUCUGCCGUCAUGGCUCUGCAGGAGGCCAGCGAGGCUUACCUGGUUGGUCUGUUUGAGGACACCAACCUGUGCGCCAUCCACGCCAAGAGAGUCACCAUCAUGCCCAAGGACAUCCAGCUGGCCCGUCGCAUCCGUGGGGAGCGUGCUUAAGUUUAUGCUUCACUCCAAAAGAAAUCAAAAGGCUCUUUUAAGAGCCGCCAAACUGUCGAUCAAAGCUCUAUUUCGUUAACUGUUGUAAAGAGUGAAAUACACUAGAUUCUAGUUAUAUUCCGUAACCUUUCAAAACGGGUUGUUUUAUGAAUUAAGCAACAUUUGCUGUAACUAGUUGUGAAAGGGAAAAUGCAAUCACACUCGCCAGGUCAUGAAUAUAAAACAUUGCAUCCAUGGG